UUAAGGGUUUGGAUUUAACCUAACCUGAAAAUAGUGUACAGGGGCCCCAGGAGGUAGUAGGCUUAUCCCUGAUGUUAACACUUAGUGCUACAGCCAGUCAACAGUAUCAGUACUACACGUCCAAUGAUGCCUUGGAGGACUUGUACGAGAUGGAACUAGCUCUCCUUACUAAGGUGGGAGAGUAUAUUCAGGAACAACAAAACAUCCUUACUCUCCUUAUUGGCCGGUAUGAUCAAGCCGUGUACACACUGUCUAACAUAGUCAGUCGGGACAUGUAUGUGUCCAACCCCAUCAAUGCAUUCUCCUUGGUACGCAGACUCACGCAGGACUGGCCUCGUACAUUGAGCCUCAUCAAUAAUGAAUUAUUGAAAGACUUUAGCCUACCCAAAGAAGAAGACUUUGCAGGUGCAGUGAGAGCAUUAACCAGACUGCAAGAUGUGUAUGAUAUCAGUGCUGAAACUCUGGCCCAAGGACACCUGCCUGGCACCCACAGAACUGCCCUGCUAACUGCUGCAGACUGUGUAUCUGUCGCUCAGUUCUACAGAGCCAGGAUGGACUACACUCUAGCUACCGAUUGGUUACUAGAGGCACUAGACAAGGUCUAUGAUGACAAGACUUGUUCACCAGCAGUUGUGUUGGAAAACAUCUUCAUCACAACUUGUUUUGAAGGUGACCACGAACUAUCUUCAUUCUACCUCAACAAGCUGCUAGAUCAAUAUCCCUCUCACCUUCCUCCCACCAGUCACUUGAAGGACUACAACCUGGCUCUCUCAGGGAAGUGUGGUGAGAUUACAGAAGCGAGAAAGAAGAUCAAAGUAAAAAGCAUACCGGAGAUGCCAGAGGAGGGGAUAGAUGAGUACAACUCCAUGUGUAGAGCACACGUGAGUUCUCCAGCUUCUCAUCUGAGAUGUCACCUGGUUCACUACCACCGCCCACACCUGCGUCUACAGCCAUUCAAACUGGAGGAACUGCACCUAGACCCUCCAGUAGUCAUGUUUCAUCAGGUCAUCUCAAAUGAAGAGAUCAAAUACCUCCAGCACACGGCUUAUCCUCUGAUGAAGCCAGCCAAGGUGCGGAUGUCUGAUGGUAAUCACAGUGUUGCCAACUACCGCACCAGUCACAUCGCAUGGAUAGACGAUUCAGACCCUAUCAGCGCCAGGCUAUCUAGAAGAGUGGCAACACUGACCAACCUGCACGUGUCGUCUGCAGAGAUGAACCAAGUGAACAACUACGGACUGGCAGGCGAGUACGCAACCCAUCUGGACGCUGUUGAAGGGGUAAACUUAACUCAAGGAGAUCCUGAUGGCAACAGACUCGCUACUUUCAUGAUUUAUAUGAGCGAUGUCAUUUGGGGAGGUCACACAGUGUUCCUAGACCUUGACCUGUCUGUGAGGCCAGUCAAGGGCUCAGCACUGUUCUGGUAUAAUCUGCAUCAGGAUGGCUCUGUAGACUAUAGGAUGAGACAUGCCAGUUGUCCUGUAAUUGUGGGGAAUAAGUGGGUUCUCAACAAGUGGUUGCAUGAGAAAGGUCAGGACCUCAAUGAUUACCCUCCUUGUAAGCUCCGCAGGGAAGACAGCUGGAGCAACUUUUAUCUCUAAUUUGGAUAAUCUAUUGUGGCUACUCAUCUUACCAGAAACCCUGAACAAAUUUUUAAACAGUUAAAAUAUUAAUACAAACCAUAUAGCAUAUCUAUUAGGAAUUUGUAAACCCAAACAAAAAUAGGACACCAAAUCCUCUUACCUCAAUAGAAUACAGUUCCUUAUAUAUUUUCUUAGUGUAUUUACCAGGUUUUUGUUCUCAUUAAAACAUUAGAUAGGUAUUUAAUGAACAUCAGUUUUAAGAAAAGUAAGAUUGUAAGUUGUGUUUAUGAUAUUGGUGCAAACAACUAUAGGUCUAAUCUAAAUUUGUUUAGUGUCAGAGGCAAUUUUAUAUUUUUUUUACUAUUGGCAGGAACAAAAAUACAUUAUCCUUUAUUUUAUUUACAUUUAAACAGAAAGAAAACAAGAAAUAUUUUCUAAUUAUGUUUUUCUAUGCUUCUCUUUCUUAGUACCACUAUAGUUCA